AUGGAAGGAGAAAAGGCACGUGAAAAGGAUGGCAAGCUGUGCCGCAUGACAUCCUCACGCACCAUGUUUUAUGGGUCCUCCUCCACCAUGGCUCCACCAUCCAAGAACCGGCUGAAGCGCCAGAGCCGGAUUUUCUCCCAAGUCUUGUACCGCACACUGAGCUACAAGGACCGGAGCUCAACCUCCGCUUCUCCGGCAGCCGGGGAGGAUGACCCGGCUGAACUUUCCACCCAGCUCUCAGCCCCUGGCGUCUUGAAGAUCUUCGGUGGCAACAUCUGCGCGGGCACCAACUACAAGAGCGUGCUGGCGACGGGCAGCUCGGGCGCACAGGAGCUGGUGAAGGAGGCCCUGGAGCGCUACGGGCUGAGCCAGCUCAGUGCCGGGCAGUACGCCCUGUGCGAUGUCAUCGGGAAGUUUGAGGGCCCCGAGAAACGGUGGCAGACGGAGGCGCUGAGGGACAGCUUGGUUUACCUUCUGAACCGCGAGCAGCACACGGUGGGCCAGAGGACGCAGGCGAGCAAGCCCAGCAUCAGCCUGUCGGCCCCCGACAUCCUGCCCCUGCACUGCACCAUCAGGAAGCUCCGACCUUCCCGCCAUCGCUCGGAGGAGAAGUUGGUGCUGGAGCCCAUCGCCGGCGCCGGCAUCUCCGUCAACUUCACCGAGGUGACCCGGACGGUCGUGCUGCGGCACGGGGACCUCCUCUCCCUCGGUCUCUACUACCUGCUCCUCUACAAGGACCCCAUGAAGGCUCAGCCGCUGCCGGCGCAGACCCUGCUGAGGCUGCGAGCCCUGCACCCCUCCGUCCCCGAGGGUCCCCCUGUCUGCGGGGCGUGCGGCAGCCUGCUGAAGGACCCUGCCGCCAAAAAGCGGGGCCCCUCGCCUGCGGGCGGCCCCAGGGGCCCCCGCAGAAAGCUGCUGCUGGAGUUUGAGCCGGCGGCCGAGGACGUGCUCCUGCGGCGCAUCAUGACCCUGAUCGAGCCGGGGGGGGACGACCACAAGCUGACCCCCGCCUUCCUGCUUUGCCUCUGCAUCCAGCACUCGGCCACCAGCUUCGAGCCGGGCGACUUCGGGCAGCUGCUGCUCAAAGUGGCCAAAAUGAUCCAGAGGACGGUGUGGGAGCGGACGCGGGAGCUGGCUGAGAAGCAGUCCCAGCACCAGGACCCCGCCACCCUGUCCCGCUUCACCAUCACAGACCUUCUCCCGGACCUGCAGCACAUCCUCUUCUGGAUGGCCAAUGCCAUCGAGGUCCUCUACUUCGUCCAGCAGAAAUCGCCCACCUACAUCCAGAGCAUGGAGGAGGAGCUGGAUGUCAGAGCAAGCCCAGCAAUCCUUGCUGGCGCUGCGGAGGUGAGGGGGUCAGAAAGGUUCGGCUCGUGCCAAGAAAACCCCCAAAAUUGGUCUGCUGUGAAGUUGCCGCUCUCCCUGCAGUGUCUGUAUGUGUCGCUCCCUGCCCUGCUGGAGUGCAACCCCUUCCAGAACGAGUGCCGGGAGAGCUGGCGGGCGUCCCCACCGCUGCCCGAGGAGCUCCGCAGGGUCGUGCUCAUCUACCAGGCGGUGCUGGACCUGCUCCGCCAGUACGAAGUGCACCCGGAGAUCACCUCCCAGAUGUUCUCCUACCUCUUCUUCUUCUCCAACACCCUGCUCUUCAACCAGCUGCUGGACAAGGAGCUCACCAGCGUGGCCAAUCUGCUGGCCAUGCCCGGCUCCCAGCUGGUCCAGAUGUCCUGGCCAUCCCUGCGAGCUGAGUUCCCGGCGCUGAGCCCUGCGCAGCUUCACCGGGUGCUGAGCCAGUGCCAGGUGGUGAUGGAUGUGGGCUGCAUCGCAGCGUGGCAGCCCGGCGAGGAGGAGAGCCCGGCCGCCUUCCAGCCCGAUGAGAUGCUGGAGUCCUUCGACAACCAUCCGCCCAUCAUCCUGCCCGGCGGGGGCUUCAAAGUGGACCUGGAGGUGGAGACGUUGGACGACAACAUCUACCGGCACCUCCUCUACAUCUGCCACUUCCUCUGGAGUCUGCAGAGCAAGAGCCCUCACGCCAGCGAGGGGCCAGGCUCAGCACCCCCAAAGCUCCCUGGGAGGACGUCCCUCCAGCAGGUCCUCUUCUCCUCUCCUGCCCUGUCCCCAUACUCAGAGUCUCCGCAAGGCACUGGCAAGGGGCUGCAGGACCCCCGGAGGAAUGGGAUGAACGGCACCAAAGGCAGCACUCCCGAAGGAUGCUCGCCGACCCCCCGCCCAGGCCUUCCCACCCCCAGCUCUGCCCCCGACGACUUCUGCUACGUCUUCGUGGUGGAGCUGGAGAGAGGCCCCAUCGGGCUGGGGAUGGGGCUGAUCGACGGCUUGCACACUGCGCUCUGCUCCCCGGGGAUCUACAUCCGCACCCUGAUCGAGGACGGCCCCGCGGCCGCCGACGGCAGGCUCUCCAUCGGGGACCGCAUCCUGGCUGUCAACGGCACCAGUCUCAUCGGGGCAGACUACCAGAGUGCGGUGGACCUCAUCCGCUCCGGAGAAAAGAAGCUGAGGUUUCUGGUUGCCAAGUCGGACAUGGAAAUAGCCAAAAAAAUCGGUUCCAGCUGCUCCUCCUCCUAG